AUGGUUGGUAUUCAGUCGAAACUACUUCUUCAAUUGGACACCACUCAUGGACUGGACAGUUUCGCAGCAUACAAAGCGAGCCGCAUUGUUAUGUGCCCUGAAAAUGCACAUGUUCGCAAAUGUCCGUUGAAUACCGAAGGACCAACCCUAAGCGAAGAGUUUUGCAGAGCAGAGCUGCUGCAUUUUAGGACCAAGAAUCAUGAUAUGUGGACGGACUUGUUGUACAAGAAGAACCUGGAAAUUUCAAAGAAGUUCACAAAUGACGGUGCGGUGCUCAGCGCUCGAAUCCACGAUGGGAUACAAAAGCCGACCAACCACUGCUGA